AACUACUGGAUCCAACUUAUAGCUACGCGGGCUGCUUUUAUUUUAUGUUUUCUUACAAAGCUCGAGUGAAUUUCUGACCCCAGGGCUCAAAGUAAAUCCACCCUCUUCCCUGCUAUUCAAAUAAGGAAGUUCCGAUAGUCGCCCACUAAUAACACACAUCACGUGCGCUUCAGUUCCAGUCCCAGUUGGAAUUGUCAUUUGAAAAUCACGUUACAUGCUUCCGAGUUGUAGUUAAUUGCGUUCAAUACAUCCCAAUAUGUCACCGAGACUAUUCAAACUCACCAUCGGCAUCGUAAUUCUCGCAUUCAUCUCCUCUGGACAGGCCCAUGGUGUUAACGGAGGGACGGAGUGUGCAGCUUGCACGUUGCUAGUGUCUCUGGGAGAGCAGUUGGCUCAACUCCACAAUGAUACGGUUGUAGAUUCACUCUCUAAACUCUGCAAGUUGCUUCCCAGUACUUAUGAAAAUCCAUGCCGGGCCGUUGUUGCUUUAGCCGCUCCAACUUUAAUCAAAAUACUUGAAGAAGACGUUCAUGCUGAUGUAGCGUGUCAUGCUAUCGGAAUCUGUAGGACGGAUCCGGGUCAGAAAGAGUGCCGCAUCUUCCAGAAGACAUCCACCAUACGGAGAAAACUAGAUCAUAUAAAUCCCAUUUGGAAAGAAGAAAUCGAUAAACAUACGGUCGAGAAAAUACGAAACAGUAUAUGUGAUUCCCUUCCUGUUUUGAAAGCAUUGUGCAGAGAAAUAUAUACGAAGCUAGAUGACUACCUUCCAGUGCUGGACCUGGACAAUGAUAAAUUUAGUGAAAUUAAGACACUGCGUGGGUCGUAUUGGCGGGGGAGAGAUUGCAACGACGGACAGGCCGACUUCUACCCUGGGCGAAGACCGGUGAAUGAUGAUAUAGUUGAAGAUUCGAAUUGUAAUGGCAUAAUGGGUGUUGAUCCGAAAUCGGGAAAAUCUUACGAGGAAUUAUUCUGUAAAGGCAGUCGACCAAUGGGAUUGGCUAUACUUGGUGAUUCAGCUACGGCACACUUUCAUAUUCCUGUAAAUUGGUUUACUCCCGCUGAAAUUAACAAGGAUAUUUUCAAAGAGAUGCCUAUGGUGAUUGAUAACGAAUUUGAUUGGCCACAAGUUUCAUACUCGACAGGUUUCAUGAACACUUCCACUUGGAAAACAAUUGAGGGACCUACUGACUCGUUAUAUCUCCGUAUGCGUCAACGAAAUCUAUGCAACCACAGAGAUUACCAGAAUAUUGGUGUCAAUGGUGCAACAACCGUUUCGAUGAACAGGACAGUUCAAUAUAGUCUUGCACGUGACCAAAAGGCCGACAACCCAUUAGUGGUGAUUUAUUCGUUGCUCGGAAAUGACGUAUGUAAUUGGCACCCAGACACUAUUGAUCACAUGACCAAACCAGCAGAAAUGAAAGCGAGUGCAUUAUCGUCGUUGAAAUACUUGGACAAAGUACUCCCAAACGGCAGUUUGGUGUUGAUGACGGGAAUGAUGGACGGAAGAAUACUGUACGACACGUUAGCAGACAGGUUCCAUCCUUUAGGCCAGCUCAAUCAGGACGUCCGAUACAGGGACAUCUACGAGUAUCUAUCUUGUCUGCAGGUAUCGCCAUGCAACGGAUGGCUCUCCACCAAUGAAACGCUCAGAAAUAUUACGUCAGAGAGGGCAAGGCAACUUAGCGAGGCAAUUAAAGAGGCAUCGCAGAGUCAGAUGUUCGCAAAUUUUAGAGUAGAAUAUAUAGAUUUUGACUUUCACGUUGUAAUCAAUGCCUGGAAGAAACAAGGAGGCAAGGCAUGGCAGCUUAUCGAACCAGUGGAUGGGUUCCACCCGAACCAGUUCGCCCACGCACUCACAGCGGACUACAUAUGGAAAACACUUGAAGAUAAGUUUCCAGACGAAUUUGGAAAAGUCAACCCAAACAAUGAGAACAUUCUCAAAAUAUUUGGUGAUCAGAACGGCUACUGAACUCUCGUCAUUCAGUUGAGACUGUAAAAACGCGUCUUUCAAGAUGCCAACGUCUUGUUAACACCAAAUCUAAAUUGUCGAUACCUUAUAUUUUUAUAUGCUGAACCACUAAUACGUCAUCAGCCUUUUGCACACAGUUCUUUUUAGCACGCCUCAAACGCACUAACAAUUAUAAUUAAAUUGUAUUAAAUAAUAUGCAAAUUAACUGCUGUCAUUUAAAACAAAAUCGAUUAUACACCAUAUCUCUUAAUAUAAGCAUAUCAUUUAUGGAAAAUAUAGUUUAUAUAAAUUGAUGCAUAAAUUGUUCCCGUACGAUUAAAAAUCGUAACGGUACUGGGUUUGGUCUACAGGAGUUCGUGCUUCGAACAGGUCAUUCCAUUCAUAGAAGAAGCCUUUUGAUGGAGAAAGUGUACCUUUUUAGCAAAGGUUUGCCUAGGUCGAAGAUCAGACUAAAAAUUUUACUCUUGAUUAAUGCUAUCAUAAAUAAAUUCAUUGAGAAACAGAGGAUUCGUACUUAAUAGGCCAGCAGUAUUUGCAGAUAGAGCUACUUCCAACGUCCAAUUCGAUCGUGCAAUAAAUUUGUUUGAAGAAACUUUUAUGAUAUUAUUAAAUUGUUUACCAUUGAAGUUUUUCUAACAGAGAUCAGACUAAAACGCUUAAUUUUUAUCAUACAUAAUUUUUAUCAUACAUAAACAAAUAUUUGACACCCAGAGGAUUCGUACAUAAUAGGUCACUAAUAUAAAAUAUAAAUUUGUUUGAAGAACAUUUGGUGAGAUCAUCUAUUGGAUAGGGUUAUCUUCAUACGACUUCUCAGAAUGGAUACCUUGUUCAAAGCAAAAAUCAAGUUAUCUUUACCCAGUACCGCUCGUAUAUAUUUUAUUCGUGCAGGAAAUUUUUAACCUAUGUUAUGUGCCUGGUAUUAUAUCCAAAUUAUCUACCUAUCAUCAAGGUCAACCUAUCCUCAAAAAUAUAUAAACUUGUAAUCUCUGCAGAAUUAGCCUAUUUAUUGAUUAUUAGCACUUGUUACAGGAUUAACCAAUCCUAGUCUGCCAUUCAUAUUACCAAUUCUACCAUGCAAUGUAAACCCAAUUACUGUAUCUACUCUGAUCAUUCUGAAUUUCAUACACUUUUAGGUACUAUAGGACUAGGAAAAAGGAAAAAGAAAAUAAAGAUAAUUAUUUGUGUUUGGAAAGUAACGUUUUUUUCAAAAUGGUGUUGCGAAUAUACUUCUUAACCUAAUGCAGGUCACACCAAAUCAGAUGCAAUAUUAAUUAACAUUGUUACAACUACUUCAUUACGGUAACAUAGGCCUAAUUUACAUAAUCUGUUUUUAAAUAAUAUCCCGUACAAUUUACCUUUCUCAAUCACAAUAUCGAAGACUCCUAAAUGAAAUGGAUAAUAGUUGUCUUGUUUAAAAUGUUUAAUUUGUAGUAACUUAUUUUCUAUACGAAUUCUUUAAUAGUUGUUUUGUUAAAAAUUAGUUAAGAGUUGUCUUGUUUAAAAUUUUAAAUUUGAAGUAAAUAAUUUUGUAUAUGAAUUCUAUGUUUAAACACAUACAUACUACUGUACAUGAAUAGUGGAAAAAAAAGGCAUUCGUUAAUGCCUUAAUACUGAAUAGGCCUAUAGACUAAGAAAUGCUAAUGCAAUUGAUACUAAAUCUCAUUUUAUA